AUGAAGGAGUCCUGGGAAUUUGGGGGUUAUACCCCAUCAAAGGAUGAAGAGGUGUGGGGGGCAAGCAAGAGUAGAAAAAAACACAAAUUGAAGGAUGAAGCCGACAGAGGAAGCUGGCCUGGUCGACAGGCCAUUUCUGUCGACCAACGUGAAGUUUGGGACUUAAAAGAAUUACAGCCAAGUAACGAAUACCCCGCUACAGCUAGGAUUAAUACAUUGAACCAAGAGUUUGAACUCUUUCAUAUGAAGCAUGGUGAAACCCAUGCCGAGAUGCAAAAAAGAUUCACACAUCUUAUCAAUAAAUUGAAUGCUCUAGGUAAUCUUAUCUCCAAUCCUAUUGCUAUUAACAAGGUUUUAAGAUGUCUUAACAUGGAAUGGCAACCCAAGGUCACCACUAUCAAAGAAGCGAAUGAUCUUAAAGCAUUUAAUCUUACUACUUUGUUUGGUAAAUUGGAAGAACAUGAGCAAGAACUCACUUGCUUGGAAAAAGAUGAAAAAGAAUAUGAAAAGAUGAUGAAGAAAGAUAAAGGUAAAGACAAGGUGGAAGAGAAGAAGUCAAUUUCUCUAAAGACUUCUAGUUUCAAGUCCUCAAAGAAUGAGCUUAGUGAGUAUGAAGAAAGGGAUGACAAGAUCUCCGAUGAUGAUGAUGUUCGGCUAUUUUUCAAUAGAUACCAAAGGUAUAUUCGAAAGAACAAGGUCAAGCACUCCGAAGGUAACUUAGCAAAAUUUAGAAGGGAGACCAAGUCUUCAAAAUGUGGUGAGAAUAAGAAAGGUAAAUUUAGAAGCUCUUGUUAUAAUUGUGGUGAAAUUGGUCACUAUAGAUCGGAAUGUCCCAUGAUUAAGAAAGAUGGCAUCACAAGAAGCCUAGUAAACCUAGAAGAGCUUAUGUAUCUUGUGAGAGUGCAAAAAUUAGCUUCACGUGAAAAUAUAUUUUUUCAAUUAGAAGCUAAAGUGUUAGAAUCUGAAACGAAGUUGGAAGAUAUUAAAAGAUCUAUGAUAGAUCUUCAAAGUGAUAAGAAUGAGAGUGAAAAACCUUCUAGGUUUGGUUGUGGAUCUUGUCAUAAUUGGAAAAAGGAGAUAAAUGCUCUUCAAGUUAAAUUAGACAAAGCUUUACAACUUAAAGGUGUGUUUGUUAUUGAUCCUUCUAAGUAUGAAAUAUCUUUGAAUCAUUCAUACAAAAAGCAUAAUAACUUCAAAAAGGAUUUGAAUGGUAUAUCUUCACAAGACAUUCUCAAUGAAACUGAAAAAGGAAUUGAUCAGCCUAAACCGGUGGAACGUGAGAAGGAAAAAGACAACGUUUGUAAAAAGGAGAAGGUUGAAACUCCAACAGCAGUGGAUGAUUUAUCUUUAACUUAG